AUGGAAUCCGACCUGGACGCAAUCCUCACCACACCGGCCAACGACGCCGAGUUCGAAAUCAUCUGGCAGAGGAUGAUGCACACCACGCCAGCCCCACCGAACCUGUUCCCGUCGCCGCCACACCGACGACCAAGUCCGACAACCACGGGGACCUCGGAAAACUCCGUGCGCAGCAUCCCGCCAAGGCCUCUCCGCACGCAACGCCGCUCCGACGGUCGGCGAAGCUUGCCCGUCCUUCAGGGGGCAUCACCAACCGCCCCAAGGCGUACAAGAUCGGUCACUGCCAUCCGCGCCCCGCCGCCAGACCUGGUACAAAGGGCCAAACCUGCUAAGCGCACUCCCGCACCCUCGACGAGCCGAGCAACUAGGCACCCAGUGGUUGGCGUACGGAUACAACGCUCGACGGCGACCAACGCACGGAAACUGGCUGCGCUACUGGCCGAACCACCACCGAUGCCACGACGGGCCAAACAACUGGAUAAGGAGACACGGCAGGAGCGAACGCGUCGCCAGCUAACGGCGCUGUUCGGGGACCCGUUGUCGGACCUAGAGGACGACAACGGGGCUGCCACCGUCACCACACCUCUAAACUGCGCAGAGGGAGCCGACCAGCCUCACCAGAACGCAAUCUCCACGCCGCCGGAAGAGAUCUUCGCAACACCGGGGCCAGCCAUCGCGGGAACCACCACCCAGCAGACCGCCGCCAGCGAACCCACCGCUCCGACACCGGUCUCGCCAGCAGACGCCAAGGCCUCUAAAGCACCGGAGACCGCAGCCACCACCAAGAGCGGUGCACGCCCGGACCGACCGCCAAUACCGGUGCGAGUCACCGACGACCUAACAGUGCACGUGCCAUACUACGCGGCCACGAUUUCGCGAUGUAAAUGUAAUCCCGGCUCUCGCUUAACGUUUUCAUUGAGCAAGCGCGUCGUCGUCCAUGCACCGUCACCCAAGCUAGCGAUUCCGACAGCUCAACGGCGAUUGGCCGCCGCGACUACCGCAAGCCAAUCGCGUCCCCGCUUAGGCUAG